AUCAGACUUCGUUGUAGUCUUUGUAGAUGAUUUCCAUAUUAUCAUGCCACACUGCAGAGCAAGUUGUGUGUCCAUGACUUUACACGGCUUGUAUCACUGCAUUUAAAUAUCACUUUGUUGAUAUAGUGAGUACACGAAUGUGAAUUUAAAGAUGUUUUAACUGCUGAAAAUGUGAACACAACUCAGUGGUGACUUGCAUAUACUCUACAGCUGGAAGGUAUGUGUAAGAGUUUUUGUAAUUUUAAUAGGUGCAACAUGGAAAGAUAAGUCAAGUAACAGUCCAUCUAGCAUUAAAUGUAUUCUUCUCACAUUUACGAAGAAAAUAUUUCACCAGUUUGUGUGCUUAUAAUCUUGGCAUUAGUAGUAAACAGAUUUGGCUUGAUGUCUGCAAUGGAGGGCUCAGAGAGACAAAAGAUAAAUUAAUAUUCAUAAAAGGAGAAGAGGGGAUGCUGAAAGAACUAACAACAGAAGUGGUAAGAUUAUGUUUUUUUAUACUUGAAGAUCAGAUGGGAGUGCCCCUCCCGAAAUUACAUUUAUAACUUUUCUAAAAGUAUAAUUUUGUGAAAUUUCUAUCACCUCCUAUUCAGACUCACGUUUCAGGCUGACCUGAAUACUAUAUUCACCUUUAAGGAGCCAAUGAACUUUAGGCCAGCAGCGAGCAAAUUCACCUUGAUGAUUUGCAUGAUGAAGAUAAUGGCACACUGAAGUCCAUCUAUCAGUUAGUUCAGACUAUCCGAACAUAGUUUUGCAUGUACUUUAUACCCUGCAUUAGAAUUUUCAAUGGUCCUCAUUUUAUUCUCUUCCUACCAGUUCAGAGGCAGUCCAUUUUUUUUAUUCUUGUGAUACUUUCAGUCCAAAGAACAUUUUACAGAGAAGACAGACAACAAUUUAAAGUCUUUAGGACAACAUGAAGCUCACAGUCUAUUGCUGGUCACUGAUGUGUUUGAUAUUAAGAGCACAAGCCGGAGUUGUGGACGACUUCUCCCAAGUAGAUCGCUGUAAGGAUUUCCUUUACAUGGGCACUCCACCACGAGGUUACCUCAGUACUUCCCUAAAGAAGAUCUGCCAGCGCUAUGUGGACAAGCCUCGCUUUGUUACCCUCUACGACCCCCAAAAACACAUCCCCAUAUAUUCAGCAUACACCUUCAAGAAAUCAGAUGGAGAGAAACGGGUCGACAUUCCCUGGAUGUUUGAGCCGCAGCUGGCAACUGAUAAAGGAAGCAGUAACAUGGAACCCUUUCCUCAGUCUUCCUUAAUGCACAAAAACUUUGAAGACACGCAGGCUGUAUUAGAAGACUACGUUGAUGUAGUGCAAUAUGAACGUGGCCAAAUGAGCCCCGAUGAGCAUCAGGUAGACCCGCUGGACAAAGCUGCCACAUACACACUGACCAAUGUAGUUCCCCUGAUAAGGGAGUUCAAUUUUGGUCCCUGGAGCACACAGUUGGAGGUUACCCGCAAACGGCUCAACAAUUAUUGUCAUGGAAAGGCUUAUGUGAUCACUGGGGUUACAACAUCAGGUAAUAUGAUCCGACGUGAUAACCUAGAUCGUGUGGCCAUCCCAGAGUUCAUGUGGACAGCCUACUGCUGCUCAGAUUACGAUCACAAUGCUCCCUACUCAGAGCGGUAUAAGUUUCCAGCAUUCGGCGCCUACGGUCUUAAUGAUCGCGUGAACAACCACAUGGUGGAGGUUCCUAUCAAAAAUCUGGAGAAGUUCCUCAAGGGCAAAAUGGAGGUGGACAAGAACUUCCAGAUCUUUUACAGUGACUGUGUGUCAGAUGCGUAAAUAUUAGAUGGGGAUAAUAAACCAAUCCAAUGGGUUCAUUAUCAUAACGAUGGAAGACACUAUAUUAAACUUAAUACAAAAGAGUAUGCAUUGCAUUUGUGUGUAAUAAAUGGUAAUAUUUUAAUUCAUCAAAUUAUAGGAGUAGUUCGCUCGAAAAUGAAAAUUCUUUCAUCAUUACUCAACUUGUAUGAGUUUAUUUGUUGAACAUACUAGAAGAUAUUUUGAAGAAUGUGGGUGAUUGGUGCCCCUUAACCAGUAGACGGCCAGUAGAUGUUUGGUUCCCACAUUUUUAAAACAACUUCUUUUGUGUUCAGCAGAAAAAAAGAAGCUCAUACAGGUUUGAAACAACAUGACGGUGAGUAAAUACUGAAAGAAUUUUCAAUUUUGCAUGAGAUAUAACUUAAAGCCAUGUAAACCAUUAAAAGAUACAAGCUGAUAUAAAUUACUUGGGGACAAAAGGUUUCAGCUAGACAGCUUCAUUUCUGAUCUUUACCCUUUAUUAGAGCCUAGAUGUUAGUUUGUUUAAUACCAUGCUGUACUUCCCAUCUGUAAAGCUAAAGCACAUUUUGGGUAGAUUAAUGAGAUUAAAUGAUUAUAAAUGUAAACAGAACAGACAAACUUCAGGAUGCUGUUAACACUUCAGUUUCAGCUGUGAAAUAAAUAUUAAAAUUUUUAAAAAGUUGCAUGCGGUUCAUUUAUCAGUUCUUUGUCAUGGUUUGAUAUUCAAAUACUACUUUGCUCUUGCUGUGACAGCUUUGAGGCAUAAAUUAAUACAAGAAAGAAAUGAGCAUGGAUGUCAAUGCCAUUUUCAUUUGAUUAUUUUAAUCAUAUGAUUGGGUUAAAACAGAAAAAUUACUAAUUUUGCACACAAGGCCAAAAAAACUGCAUUUUAUAGUAUAGUUCACCUAACAAUAGUCCUUGUUCCACCCGUAUCUCUGGAUUAAGUCGAUGCAUAUUGCAUAUGGGAGAAAAACCAAGUCACUUCUUAGCAGUCAGAGGGAGACAAAGAUUGUAGAAAGAGCACUGAUCCAAAGAACCAGCUGCUUUCCAUGAAACCCAACCUUGACUUUGCAAUGACUUUUUAUCCAAAGGACAGCCAAAGUAAUGAGGGUCCAUAACAAGCAAAUAACUCUCCCGUUUGCCAGUGCACACACCUAAGAUCCCCUUGGAGGAAUUGUCUCUGUCUCCUCCCAUUAUAACAGGUGACCCACGGCUAAGGAAGUGGUCAUGAAGAUCUUCCAAGGCUUGGUCAAGCUCCUCGCCACACCGCACAUGCAGGAAACUGGCAGGAAACAUCAUACAACUGGUCAAGAACAAGACUUGCCUCAGAUGUCCCAAUCCACUCCCUAGAUCCCAUAUUUGUCCCCAAUUUCCACCAAAGUUUGUUGGAUCUCAGAAAGACUAGGUGGGUGUCUGUGGCUCACACUGUGAGCUUGAUUUAAACUCAACCAUGAAGCCAUGGUCUGAAUAGUCCUGUAUCCACAACCCCAACCUCUGUCUUCCUUUCCGUCACAACCAUAAUGAUAAUAGAGGCAGUCUCACUGAGCAUCUGUCACAGUCUGGAGAUGGCUGGAGAUGGCGCUCUUUACUAAAGCAUCCUUCCAUGUUUUGUUAUUGGCUGUCAUCGGAGUUUGUCCACAAACAUGUCUACCCCAAUCUACAUACUCCGUUUUCUUAGGUGCCCCUCUUUCCAUGUCUGCACGAAUAUAUAUGGGCCGAUAGUCACCGUUCAAGCACUAAAAAUAAAUACAAAUGAACAUUU